AUGUUCGGAGCCCUGAACCGCCUUAUCAGCAGCCUCGAUGCAGAUACGUCCUCCACGCAGUCGCAUAGCAGAGACAACGCAUAUGGCUUCCAGGUGCUACGGAACAAGAACCCAGAUCUACCAUUAGAGCCGUGGUUCGACUUUAUUAUUGGAAUAAAUGGACACAUUAUAGGUCAACGGACACAUCAAGCUGUUGUGCCUAUACCAGCAUCAAACCCGUCUCUCGGCGUAACACUUCAGCUAGCACCGCUCUCCUUGACACAGAAUAUAUGGCAUGUCCUAUCAAUACCGUCGCCUCAGAGCCCGGCUUAUCUGGCUGGCCUACUACCACAUUCAGAUUAUAUAUUAGGGACACCGAGUGGGACGCUUCGCGGGGAGACUGCGCUUGGUGAGCUCGUUGAGGACCAUUUGAACAGGAGCCUGACUCUAUGGGUAUACAAUAACGAGUUCGACGUGGUUCGAGAAGUUGAGAUCGUUCCUAAUCGUAACUGGGGAGGUGAAGGGGCUCUGGGUGCAGUUCUGGGUUACGGUGCACUUCACAGGCUACCUCUGGCCCUGAGUGGAGAAGUGCCAGGACCGGGAGAGGUUGUCUUUGCAACAAAAGAAGAUGGGCAUGACACAGGAACCAACAUCAGUAACCCUGUUAUGCCAGCGUCUGAACCCCAAUUCUUAAUCCCGGCUAACAUAGUCUCGUCUGGAGGUGCGCCCAAAAAGCCAACACCACCGACUAAACAUGCCCGAAAGAACCGUCAUGUUGAGGCGCCUUCGUUUGAUGACUACUUUAAAGAAGGCGAAGAACGGAGCCAGAAAGAGGACUAUAUACCUGCUUCUAGGACAGCGCCGGUUGCGCCACCUCCAAAGGCCGGAGCUGCUGUUUCAUCACCGUCGCCCACCACAACGCCAGCACCUCCUACUGAGGAUAUAGGCAGCCCUCCGGAUGAGUAA